AUGAGUACGCCGGAAGCACACAUCAAGCUCGUGGAUCGAAAUGAGGAUACGUACUAUGGACGAGUACGCAAGACUUUUUACAUGCUGGACUUUCGAACAGCCUUUACGACGGAGCACGCUUUAAAAAAUGCACAGCAGCUAGUGGAGGCUCACCAACGCGGUGACUUUGUCGAACCGGCUGAUCUUGAGCACGCACAGAACGUAACGCACGCUAUCUUGCACCCCGACACAGGAACACCAGUCUUCAUGCCACUGCGUGCUUCCAUGAUUGUGCCUAUGAAUAUGAUCAUGGACGGCGCCAUGCUGCUGGCGAACAGUACCAAAACAACCAUUUUGGCGCAGUGGCUCAAUCAGACCUACAACGCUUUGCACUACUACGCCAAUCGCAAUGCCUCAAACGAAGACACAACUGAACAGCGGCUAGUUGCAUACAUUGGCGCCACAGCCAGCUCUGUGGGGGCAUCGCUUGGAAUUCGCCAACUAGCAAAACAAAUGACAAAUGUGAAAUGGGCUCCAGUCGUUGCUCGCUUGGGACCGUUUGCUGCAGUUGCUGCUGCAGAUCUUCUCAACAUGGCAGUCAUGAGACAAAGCGAGUAUCUAAAAGGUGUUCACGUUUACGACGAAAAUGGGGAUCACGUCGGCAAAUCCAAAAGAUGUGGUGCAUUAGCGGUCGCCUCAUGCACUGCUGGGAGAAUAUUCGCAGCAGCUCCGAUCUUGAUCCUCCCACCGCUGCUAAUGUCACGAUUAAAUACCCACAGCACUAUUUUCACGCGACCUAAAACGAAGUGGCUGCGUGUGCCAACACUAUUGGGAUUCGUUGGCUGCGCUAUUCAGUUUUCGGUGCCUCUGACAUUCGGACUGUUUCGCCAAACAGCGCAAGUUGAUAUAAAAUACCUUGAGCCGGACCUGCAGCAUGCAAUCCGCAAGCUGGAUGGACAACCUGUGCGCACUGUUACAUACAAUAAGGGUAUAUGA